AUGAAAAUCAUUUUUUAUCUACACGUUAUAUCACUCGUAAUUAUCGUCAUAUUCGUUAGCAGAAAUUCAAAAAACAAAUAUUUUUUUUCUGUUGUUGUUAAUUUAACAAAUUCACGUUCUCUGAAUUCAAUAUUUCGUCAUGAAACUAUUAAUCAACUUUCAGCAAGUUAUUCAUUUAUCCAAAACAAUUCAUUUGAUCAAUGUCAAACGAUAUAUCCGUUAACUGAAGAUCAAAAUUUAACUUUUCGUAAAAUAUCUGAUCAACUUAUUACACUACGUACACAAAUAAUACCUUAUCCUAGUGAAUAUUUUCAUGGUCGAUGGAUCGUUCUUACUACUGGAUUGGGACAGUUAAAAUUUGCAAAAGUCAAUUUAAAAUUGCUCGAACUUACGGGUACUCGGUUACCUGUUCAGGUUUGGUAUUCAUACUCACAAAUUUCACAUGAAACUAUGAUUGAAUUACUUCAUACUGCACCUAACCUUAAUGCAAGUAUCUGUUGCUUUAUUACGGCUCAAUGUCGAACUCUGACACAAAUAUGGCAAUUGAAUGAUACUCAUAUUUAUAAGCCUCCUUCAACUUAUCUUCGAUUUAGAUUUUUUCCAUAUAAACCAGCAGCUAUUGUUAGUGCUACUUUUUCUGAAGUACUAUUUCUUGAUUGUGAUGCUUUUGUUACACGAGAUCCAGAAGAAUUAUUUAUUUCUGAUCCAAUGUAUCUCAAAUUUGGUGCACUUUUCUAUCCUGAUGGUUACAAAAGUAGACAGCAUCCAGCUGUUUGGACUCUGUUUAACACAAGUUGUGCUCAACAUGAAUACGAAUUUGAUAGUUCAAUGAUAUUAGUUGAUAAAAGACGAGUAUGGAAUGGACUUUAUUUAACAAAAUUAAUGAAUGAUCAUUAUCGCAUUUUCUAUCGACAUGUAACUGAUGGAGAUAAAGAUACAUUUCGAUUGGCUUUUCGUUAUAUGCAAAUCAAAUAUUAUUUAGUAAUGACACCAUGUUCUACUGGUUCAUUUGAUGGUACUCGUUUUUGUGGUUUAACACUUUGUAAAACAGAUAGUCUUUCACAGCAUAUCUAUAUUAAUCAUAUUCAUAUAUUCAAAUAUGAAAAUAUCAAAUAUUCACCAAUAACUUUAGGUUAUACUCGUAUUGGUCUUGGUGAUUUUUAUAACAAUUCAUAUUUCUUUCAACAUUGUCAAUUAUAUAAUGGGCCGACAAGUUGUUUUCAUAUCUUAAAAAAACAUAAUGAAAAAAUGACACAAGACAAUUGUUAUUACGGCAAUAUUUCAUUAGAAGAGAUUGAAGAUCAUGCUUAUAUGUUGAAUGAAUCAUUAGUAUCAGAGAAAUCAAAAAACAAUCGAGUAUUGAUGAGUAAAACAAAUAAUUUUAUGCCUAAUUUCGUUGAAAAUUUGAUCAAAUACUUAAAAUGA